CGAGCAGGGGUGGGCAGCGUCAGGGGCGCGCGGGCGCUGCAGCCCAGCUCUUCCUACACUGUUGCUACUUUGGGGUAGGAGACCGUCCAGCCCCUCUUCCACUUGCGUGAGUCCGUCCUUUCUUCUCCUCAGAGCCCGCGCUCGCUCGCCCCGGCCGCCACACCGCAGCUCUCGCGCCCCGAGCGAGCAGUGCGCGUGCGCGGCAGCGACCGUCGGGUGCCUGCGCUCCCCCGCCCCCCGGCGCGCUCUCUAUAACUUGCGGGCUCUGAGGAGGCGCCACCGGAGUCGGAGGGCGGGGAGCUCAGAGGCGGGAGCUCCGGCGGUGUGGAGACUAGUGACCGGGAGAAGUCGCAGCCUGCUCUGGCCGGCUCCUGCCCGCUGCCCGGCUCCCUCUCUCACACGCCUACUCGGCCUUCCUCCCCAGCCGGUGCCCUACGCUCCUCCGCUCGCCCGGGACCCCUGCCGGUCGCUCUCCGGGUGUCGGCGCGGCGGGGGCGCCCCAGGGGUGCCCUCGCCUUCGCGGCGCGGACGGGCGGGCGGGAUGUGGCGCCUGGUGCCCCCGAAGCUGGGCCGCCUGUCCCGCUCGCUGAAGCUGGCGGCGCUGGGCAGCCUGUUGGUGCUGAUGGUGCUGCACUCGCCGUCGCUGCUCGCCUCCUGGCAGCGCAACGAGCUGGCCGACCGGCGCUUCCUGCAGCUCAAUAAGUGCCCGGCGUGCUUCGGCACGAGCUGGUGCCGCCGCUUCCUCAACGGGCAGGUGGCGUUCGAGGCGUGGGGCCGCCUGCGCCUGCUGGACUUCCUCAACGUGAAGAACGUGUACUUCGCGCAGUACGGCGAGCCCCGCGAGGGCGGCCGCCGCCGAGUGGUGCUCAAGCGCCUGGGCUCGCAACGCGAGCUGGCGCAGCUCGACCAGAGCAUCUGCAAGCGGGCCACCGGCCGGCCCCGCUGCGACCUGCUCCAGGCCAUGCCGCGGACCGAGUUCGCGCGCCUCAACGGCGACGUGCGGCUGCUCACGCCCGAGGCGGUGGAGGGCUGGUCGGACCUGGUGCACUGCCCCUCGCAGCGCCUGCUCGACCGCCUGGUGCGCCGCUACGCCGAGACCAAGGACUCGGGCAGCUUCCUGCUCCGCAACCUCAAGGACUCGGAGCGCAUGCAGCUGCUGCUGACCCUGGCCUUCAACCCCGAGCCGCUGGUGCUACAGAGUUUUCCAUCUGAUGAAGGUUGGCCAUUUGCAAAGUACCUUGGAGCGUGUGGAAGAAUGGUGGCUGUAAAUUAUGUUGGAGAAGAACUGUGGAGUUACUUUAACGCACCAUGGGAGAAACGAGUUGACCUCGCUUGGCAAUUAAUGGAGAUAGCAGAGCAGCUUACAAACAAUGAUUUCGAAUUUGCACUCUACCUCCUGGAUGUCAGCUUUGACAAUUUUGCAGUUGGUCCUAGAGAUGGGAAGGUAAUCAUUGUGGAUGCUGAAAAUGUUUUGGUUGCGGACAAAAGAUUAAUUAGGCAAAAUAAACCUGAAAAUUGGGAUGUAUGGUAUGAAAGCAAAUUUGAUGACUGUGAUAAGGAGGCUUGCUUAUCAUUUUCAAAAGAAAUUCUUUGUGCUCGUGCCACUGUGGACCACAAUUACUAUGCUGUUUGUCAGAACCUCUUAUCCAGACAUGCCACAUGGCGUGGCUCUUCUGGAGGACUCCUUCAUGAUCCACCAAGUGAAAUUGCCAAAGACGGCCGACUCGAGGCCUUGCUGGAUGAGUGUGCCAACCCAAAGAAGCGCUAUGGCAGGUUCCAGGCUGCCAAAGAACUGCGUGAAUAUUUAGCACAAUUAAGUAACAAUGUGAGGUAGUCUCUGAUGAACUUCUUUUUUUCCUUUUCUUCAUUUAAAUAGCACUGUCUAAAACUAAACCACCAAAAACUGUCUGGAAAAACAAAAUUUGGAAGUGUUACAUUCUGGGGAUGAUAAACUUGCACUGAUAGAUCUUAUGUUAACCAUCCAUCAAAAUAAGACAUUACUUCAAAAAUCACAUGAUGCUUCUGCAAAUAAGUAUGUUCUUAUACUUUGGAGACUUGAGCUGUCAUUGACUGCUUGUGUGUGCCCUACCCCCACUCCCCAUCCCUAAGUGGAUUUAUGAAUAUUGUUAAGCUAUUGGAAAUGAGUCUGAUAGUUACAUUGGCUUGUGUAUCAAAGAGUAUUUGGUACUUAGUUUGCAUUACUAUCAUGAUUUUGUGAAUCUCUUGCAUUUACUUUGAAUGUCAAGUUAGAUUGGCCUGUUUUAUAGGCCUCUUUUUCCUUCUGAUGUGUAAGGGUUUUUUUUUCCCAUUUUUAUGUUUUUUAUUAAAUUUUACACAUUCAGGUUACUAUAGGUGUUCAUUUGAAUUUUGACUAGUUUUCAUUCAGUGCUAUGCGGUACAUAUUUACUGUUAGGGCAGGAUUCCCAGGUUUACUGUUUUUUUAGAAAGCUGACUAUUUUAUUAUGUAAAUACUUUUUUUCACUACCGUCUGUGGUUUCACCAGUGCAUGAUGUCAUUUCAGGUUAUUUAUCAGUUACAUCCCUCUAUACCAAUAAUUAUUAGUGUAUACUAAACAUGAAGUUUGGCAUAUGUUACAAAAUGUUAUUUUGUCCUUUACUCCUAAAGUCUUUAAGAAGAGUAUACUAGCAAUCUACACCUUGAUAUUAAUUUUGGUUCAGGAAAAAAUAUAACCCAGUAUUUUUAAAAUGCUAACUAGUCUAAGAUAGUAAUGCAUAUGCCAAAGAAGUAUUAGACCUUAGUCCCAUGUUUAGAAUUUAAAAUAGAAUUGGUCUCCUACUUAUUCUUACUAUCCUACUUCCAAAAUUUUAGCUGUCAUUAUUAAAUUCAGAUUUCCCUAGUUAUUCUUUGAGGUUGAAAUUAAACUGCUGCUUUCAAGAAUAUGUAGAGAUAUCGUACCUUUUAUUCAUUGGUAGUUUUGCAAAAUUAAAAUGGCAGUCAUGGGUUGAGUUUAAUCAGGCAUUGUAACCUUUUAUUUAUUGAUGGACUAGUAAGUUUUACGGUAAAGCAGACAGUUCAGCUGGUCUGCCCACCUUGGUCUUAUUUACCCAAUUGUUAAACAUCAGAACAUCAAAUUUAAGUAUGUGGAUAAAAAUGAACAAGUGUGUGAAAUUUGUGGGCUAUUUAAAAAAUGUUACAGUAUAUAAAUUGACUAUCACUAACAUAGGUAAUAUUUUUGUUUCAAGUUAUUACUUUUGUUUAUAGCAAAGUUUGGUGUAGUAUACAGUAGUUAGUUCUAGACCUUAUUCUAAAUCAGAAAGUGAUUAAAAUUUGUACAACCAAAGCCACAGUUUUUUUUAUUCAUUCAGCAACUAUUUAUUGAGCAUCAGCUCUGUGCCAGGUGUGUUACUCGCUGCUCCACACUGUCUGAACUUGACAUAUGGUUAAGUAACUUUACAGUGAUUAUCAAAUGUAGGGAUUUCUUAAGUUGAAAUAGUAUUACUUAAAUUAGGAUGGUACUUUUACGUUAUUUUACUGUUGUGAUGGAAAUUCUUCUUGUACCAUCUAAAUCUAGGUUGCUACAAAAAGAGGAUGAGAAAAUCAGUGAAGUUAAUCCCAGUUUAAAAACUGGGAGGAAAAGGGUUAAGAGCUCUCCAUUAUAAAAUAGAUUGCAUUAUGUUAAUUUUUAUACAUCAGUACAUUGCACACACCAACUAGCCCUCAAUGAAAUAUAUAAAUGUUGGAAAUUUUACUAAGCUGACUUUUUACAACUUUGGAAAAUUUUCAAGGGAAGUAAAAUUAUUUGUCAAACAUUUGCCUCUUACUCAGAACUUCAAAUAAAAUACACAUUUUCAAAAUGGAGCACCUUUUAUAUUUGAUAAGUAUUCAUUACAAACCUUAGAAUGCCAGUGACAGAGGGGGUUGUCCUUGGUUUAGCAAACGUUUAUCUUGCUUUUCUGAAAGGGUGAUUGUGAUUGCAGAACAGGAAGUAAGAAAACACUGCCAGCAGUGAUUGCUACUUGAGGUAGUUUUUUAUAACUACCAUUACUGCCCCCAUGAGAUUAUGUGGAAUUUCUUUUAUCUUUGGAAAAGGUUGAGGAGAAGAUAGUAAAAGAAUUAGGAAUUUAAAAUUACAGGGAAAAAUAUGUAUGUGAAAAGCAAUAAAUAUUUUGUUCACUUUGCUAUCAAGAUGUUCACUAUCAGAUAUUUAUUAUACAGCAGCAAUUUAUAUUUUUAAUCAUUACCCAUUAAUAAACUCAGUAAAAUAUUUUUGAAUCAGACAUUUGGGGUUUGUAUGUGCAUUAAAAUUGUCUUUUGUACUGUAAGUUACUGUUUAAUUUGAAUAUUUUAUCAGAACUGUCUU